AUGAGACAAAAUUUUUUGUCGUCAUCACUAGCAGUUUUGCUCAUAGCGAUCUACAGAUCAUUUUCUGAAGAACUUGAUUGUAUGUUUUUGGGCUAUCCAGAUUUGGAAUACGAUGGUUUUGAUCGAACAGAGGUAUUGACUGAAAAGAAUUUCAACAAGACAAUUUUUGCAGCAGACGCAAAGUCUGUUGUGUUUUUCAAUGAUGUCGAAGAAGACGACUCAGAACUUGACCAAUAUGAGUGCUUCUUGCAGCUUUCUGCUCAAAUUAUGACGAAACGUGGAUACAAUUUUUACACUGUGAACACAACAAAGGAGACUAAAAUAAGGAAACAGGAAGAAGUGGAGAAAGGUGAAGAUACGAUACAUGUUUAUAAAGAUGGCUACAAAAUUGAAUAUUUUGGAAUUCGUGACCCGGAAACGUUUGUCUCCUGGUUAAUGGAUAUUCCUGAUGAUCCGAUAACUAUAAUAAACGACGAAUAUGAUAAACAUCAGUUUGAUGCUUUAGAAGACUCGCAAGUACGAAUUAUCGGAUAUUUUGAACCGGGCAGUGUUGCAUUGAAAGAAUAUGAAGAAGCUGCUGAAGAUUUUAUGGGCGAAGUUGAAUUCUUCGCUGUUGUAACUUCGUAUUGGGCGCGCAAAAUGGGGCUUAAACGAGUUGGCGAAGUGCAGCUAUAUCGCCCAUUCGAAGACGAUCCGAUUUAUGCUCCAACAUCAGUCGACACUGAAGAUGAAUUCGAAGACUGGGUUGAAAAACACAAAGAGCCUGUUAUGCAGAAGCUUACUCUCACGAAUUAUUUCAGCGUUUGGAAAGAUUCUGACGAUGAUGAAAGAAUGAUUGUCGCCUUUUGUGAUGAAGAAACACGUGAGGGUCGAGCUAUGUUCAAUCUUCUACAAAAACUUGCAGACGAAAACAGCGAACAUGCAGGAACAUUAGAAAUUAUUUUAAUUGAUCCAGAUGAAUUUCCGCUGAUGGUUGAUAUAUGGGAGGAUAUGUUCGGUAUCGACAUAGAAGAAGGUCCUCAACUCGGAUUAGUUGAUAUCUCAGAAAAAGAAGGCAUUUGGUUCGAUAUGUCGCAAGUUAAUCUUGAUGAUCCCAAAAAGCAUCGUGAUAGCAAUAUGGAAGUGCUUCAGACAUGGAUCGAUCAGAUCAUGAGUGGCGCCAUAUCACUUGACGAUGAGGAUGAUGAUGUACCACAACAGACUAAGCCACAAACAAAAACGAGGAAGGGGAAAAAUGAAUUAUAG